UAUAAAGUCUGUUAUUGGUCAUUAAGAGCCAACAAUUUGAGAAAGUCGGUUUCCCUGUCAGUUAUGUGCUUGCAAAAUUGGUGCGCAGAAACCACUUCAAUGAACACGACCGUUUAGGGAUUUAUUUAUUUUUCAUCGGGAAAAUAAGAAAUAGCUGUUGCCCAGUGUGUGUCAAACUCUUCUGCUAUUGCGCCACUUUGUUAGUACAUUCUUGUAGGGAUUGGUAAGGGUUUUACAUCAGAUAAGUCUUUGCAUGCCUUUUCACGUGAAAGAGCCUUUAUAAGGAGUUCAGUCAAAACUCUGGCACUUUCAGACGCGAGAAUAAACGUUGAGGAACUAUCUGUCCGACAAUAAUAGUGGCCAUCAAAAAUGGCAGCAUACACAUUACCGGAGGGAUUCUCCGAUUUUGACAUGUUUGCAUUCGGUUCAGCUCUUCUUGUUGGGGGUCUUGUCGGAUUCUUCCUGAACGCCGUUUCAAUAUUGGCCUAUAUUAGCGUAAAGCAAAUGCGAACUCCCAGUAAUUUCCUCGUCUUUAACCUCGCCGUGGCUGACAUUAUGCUCAAUACAACCGGCCUGAUCGCUGCAUACGCCAGCUUAUCGUACAGACACUGGCCCUGGGGUCAAGACGGAUGUAGCUACCACGCCGUCAUAGGGAUGACAGCAGUUCUGGCCUCCAUCAGUUUCCUGGCUACCAUCGCCUGGGACAGAUAUCACCAAUAUGUCACCAAUCAGAAGCUGUUUUGGAGCACGGCCUGGACUUUUUCUAUCAUUAUCUGGGGGUUGGCCAUCUUCUGGGCGGCCGUACCUCUGACUGGAUGGGGAGUGUAUGACUUUGAGCCAAUGAGGACGUGCUGCACUCUAGACUACACCAAAGGAGACAAAGACUACAUUACCUAUAUGGGGGCCCUGACGGUCUUCUACCUUAUCUUCCCUGCUUAUGUCAUGAAGUCCAACUACGAUGCCAUUUACGCAUACUUCAAGAAGAUCCACAAGCACAGGUGGAACACCAGCGUACCACUAAGGGUUCUGUUGUUCUGCUGGGGACCCUACGAAGUCAUGUGUAUCUACGCCUGCUUUGGCAACGCCAAACUGGUCUCUCCAAAGCUGAGAAUGUUGCUUCCUGUUUUGGCGAAAAUGAACCCUAUUUUCAAUGCUUGGCUCUAUUCCUUUGGGAACGAGUUCUACAGAGGAGGGGUGUGGCAGUUCCUGACUGGCCAGAAGUUUACAGAGCCCGUCGUUGUGAAGUUAAAAGGAAGAUAAAGGAAGUUAUUGUUAGUUACAGUCAUAUAAAUAGAACGGUCAGAGUUUCUAUUCCCAUUUUACUCUUUCGAAUUCUAUGGUUACAGUACCAUACAUAGAAUUAGAAUGUUCCAUGUUCCAUUCAACCAUUCUAAUUCUAUGGUUACAGUACCAUACAUAGAAUUAGAAUGUUCCA